AUGUCUCCAGCAAGAGUGGGCGAAAAGUGGUGGAAGAACGCUAUUAUCUACCAAAUCUACCCUGCCAGCUUCAAAGAUUCCAACAAUGAUGGCAUUGGCGAUAUCCCAGGCAUCAUCUCAUCCCUUGACUACAUUACAAGUCUUGGUGUUGAUGUGAUCUGGUUAUGUCCCAUGUACGACAGUCCCCAGAUUGAUAUGGGCUAUGAUGUCGCCGACUACGAGAAGGUGUAUGAGCCCUACGGCACCGUGGAAGAUAUGGAAGUUCUCAUCGAUGCAUGCCAUGAGCGAGGACUCCGUAUAAUCCUUGACUUAGUGGUCAACCACACCUCCGACCAACACAAAUGGUUCCAAGAAUCCCGUUCUUCAAAGACAAAUCCAAAGCGUGACUGGUAUAUCUGGAAGCCGGCCAAGUAUGAUGCCAACGGCAAGCGUCAGCCCCCGAAUAAUUGGCGCAGUAUCUUCGGUGGUAGUGCGUGGGAAUGGGAUGAGACUACGGAGGAAUAUUACCUCCACCUCUUUUGUGUUGAGCAACCUGAUGUCAACUGGGAGAAUGCUGUGGCUCGUCGGGCGAUCUAUGAGUCUGCGAUGGAGUUCUGGUUGAAGAAAGGGGUGGAUGGCUUCCGUGUUGACACGGUCAAUAUGUACAGCAAGCAGCCGGGUCUUGGUGAUGCGCCAGUUCUUGAUCCAAAAUCCGACACGCAGGUUGCUUUCUCGCAAUUCUGUAAUGGUCCUCGCAUUCAUGAGUAUCUCCGUGAAAUGAACGAUGUCCUUUCCAAGUAUGAUGCCAUGACUGUUGGCGAGUGUCCCAAUACGCAUACUCUGGAUGGCGUACUUCGAUACGUCUCAGCAGCUGAGAAGCAAUUGAGCAUGGUCUUCCAAUUUGACCUAGUGGAUCUGGGUAUGGGCAAGGACUAUAAAUUCUUAACCACGUUCCCUGGCUGGACACUGCGAGACUUGAAAUCAGCCGUGAAGAGCACCCAAGAUAUCAUCAAAGGCACCGAUGCGUGGACUACGGUGUUUAUGGAAAACCACGACCAAGGCCGCUCUGUCACUCGCUUUGGUUCUGACAAGACACCUGAGCUAAGGGUUCGUUCUGCAAAGAUGCUAGCCAUGAUGCAAAGCACUCUUUCUGGUACUCAAUUUAUAUACCAAGGCCAGGAGAUUGGAAUGGUCAACGCCCCCAAAGAAUGGACAAUUGACGAGUACAAAGACAUCGAUAGUACCAACUAUUACCAGAUGACCAGCAAGGUUACGAAUAACGACCCCGUGGAAUUGGAAAACGCGAUGGCUUCUCUGCAGCAUCUGGCUCGAGAUCACUCUCGACUUCCCAUGCAAUGGAGUGCUGACGCCAACGCGGGCUUUUCGCCUUCUUCCUCGGCAAAGCCGUGGAUGCGCCCGCACGACAAUUAUCCCGAGCUCAAUGUGAAAUUGCAGGAGACGGAUGAUGCUUCUGUUCUAUCAUUCUGGAAACAGAUGACUAGACUACGCAAGGAGUAUGCCGACGCUAUGGUCUUUGGAGAGUUUGAGAUUCUCGACGAGCCGAACCAGAACGUCUUUACAUAUACCAAGAAGGGUCAGAACACGAGCCUAUUGGUUGUUUUGAACUUCUCGGACAAAGUACAGACGUUUGAAAAACCGGAUACACUGAUGGCUGAUAACUGGAAGUUGCUGGUUGGCAAUGUAGAGGGUCCUAGUGAGGAAUUACAGGCGUUUGAGGGAAGAGUUAUUUUGAUUUAG